AAUUAUUAAUUAUUUAUUUAAGAUUAAAGUCGGAAAGUCAUAAUGACUUUAAACUUAGGAAGGAAAGACGGUGGACCAGGUUAUGUGGGCAUCCAGUUUUGUCAAGAAUGUAAUAACAUGCUUUACCCGCGCGAAGACAAAAACAAUAAAGUUUUACUAUAUGCCUGUAGAAAUUGCGACUAUAAGCAACUGGCAGACUCCAACUGUGUGUACGUUAACAAAAUUAUGCACGAAGUAGAUGAAUUAACCCACAUUAAUCCUGACGUUGUUAGUGAUCCCACUCUACCUCGUACAAAAGAUCACAUGUGUCCUAAAUGCAACCACAGAGAAGCUGUGUUCUUCCAGGGUCAAACUAGGCGUGCUGAAGAGGAAAUGAGAUUGUAUUACGUAUGUACAAGUUGCAAACAUAGAUGGACUGAGUAAACUUGUGUUAAUUUAGGAAUAAAUAAAAAUAUUAA